AAUUCGCGUGUGAAACAGCUGAAAUUCUGCUUUAGUUAAGGGCAGAUUUUACGCCGUUUCCUGUGGUUUCGUGCUCAAUUAUCCCCUUUCGUCGAUAUCGAUGGUCGAUCUGUAAGAGAACUUCCAUCAGGCGAAAUUACGAGUUCGAUAUAAUCGACAAAGAUCCCAAAUCAUGUCUUCUAAUCGUCGAGCGUCAGUUCCAGCAAUCGGUCUUCGUCGAAGUCCGCGAAGAAGAACGAAAACUCCUUCAGUGAAUGAACUUUCAAAGAAGUACAAAAUAAGUCCCAGAGGUAAAAGAAGACUUGAAUUUCAACACGAGAAACACCAAGAACCAUUAAAAGACUGUACAUUCUACUUGGAUCUUGAAAACUAUCGCAAAACAGGCAGCUUAAAAGCUCGCAUAAAAGAGCUUGGAGGGGCUGUAGAAGAAUUUUUGAGCAAAGACAUUAGCUGUGUUGUCACCAACAAGAAAGAUGCUGACAACCGUUGCUCUCCAAGAAGCAACUCAACACCAAGCCCUAGUUUAUCAAUUCCAAGUCCUUUUCCAGGAAACACAAAAAGCUCAUCAGCAAAAGGUUCUGCCAUUCCAUCUCCAUUAAGUGCAGACUCAUGUGGUACUGAACAAAGUGGUCAGACUUCUGCCAAACAUAAUAUGAGGGGCAAGGCACUUGCAGCACAUGCAGCCAUAACCUAUACAUGUGGAACAAGCAAUGUCAUCGCUAAUGCAAGGAACUGGGGUCUUCAAAUCGUUUCACUAGAAAAGAUGUUAGAGAAAUUGGAGCGAUAUGAUAGCAUUCUAAAGAAACCAACAUCCAAAGCUUUAGUUACUGGUAGAGUAGCCAAGCAAGGCGUCAAACCCAAGGUACGAAAGCUGCACUCUCCAUUCAUCAAAGUAGAAGAUCACAGUCGCGCUUACAAGCCCCUGGUUCAUGAGUUGAAGGACUGGCCAAAGAUUUACUUUGAUGGGGCGUUGGGAAGGGGUCCUUUUGACCCCCCGAAGAGAGACUUGGAGCAUGACUGUAGGGAGCCUGCUAAGACUAAAAGAAAAAUUGUUGAAGAGGACAGGAAUAAAAAGAAAGGAUUUUGUGAGUGCUGCUGUGUUCAUUACGAGGAUCUGGACAUGCAUCUUCACAGUGACCGUCAUCAGGCAUUUUCGAGGGACUCAUCUAACUACAAAAGCCUGGAUGAACUGAUCAGAAGAGGACCAAGUUUGCAAGACUUCUUGGAAAAUAUGUUGUUAAAACAUCAGCAGAAAGAGAGGGAAAAGAAAGAGGAAAACAGGACUGAAAUUCCUGGUUCUCAAAACUCCGUCGCGGUUGAAGCUGAAGUAAAAACACCAUCAAAGCAAAACAACCAGGAAAUGAUUCCGGUGUAUCAAACUCCUCCAGACCAAGGCUUCAAGGAAAAUGAAGGCUGUCAAACACCCAUCAACCCCUCGCCUGAGAGACCUGUUUGUCGCACAUCUGCCACCAACUCCACCCCCGAGAGGAAUUGUACUGAUUAUGAUACUCCAAGGAAAACGUCAGGACGGAGAAUCGGCAAAGGUUCUUUUGAGGUCAAAGAGGCUGAAAGGCGAGAAUUGCGCAGCAGUCCCAGACGCUCUGAAAGCAAAACGAACAGCCCAGGAGAGGAUGCAUCCGCACGUACAGUUGGGUAUUUUAGAGAAAGGCGUGUAAACUUGGUGAAAACGAGUGUGAAGACAGCUUCAGAACGGGUAACCAACACCAGAGUACGGUCGUCGUCUUUAAGUCCUACUGUGACGUGUUCUAAAAGCGAUAAAUAUGCGUCUUCUCCGGCAUCUCGUGAAGACCUCGAGAAGAGCCAAUCUAAAAGAAGAAAGAGAGUAUCUCCCGCCCAAAAUGUGGAGAAAAAGAGUGCAGAUGCGAAAAUGCACACCCAUGAACAAGGAUCUUCCGGCGAGGAUGGUAGUAAAGUUAACCAACAACCUAAGUCGAGUGUUUUUCGUUGUAACAUGGCGAGUUGUGACGAAGACAGCGUUGUCCGAACGAAGCUUCGACCUAGAAGACCCUAUUCUGAUAGAGGUGAAGUCGACCUGGUUAAAUGUAAAGCUAAUUCGUCAGACGAGUCCAGACUGGAGCUCCAACAUAAAAAUCUCGGGAGAACACGUCUAAGGCAAGCUGGAAAGGAAAAUUUUUGUGAAACUUUCGAGUCUACAAAUCAGAUAGCAGAUGAACAACUAAAAAGCAACAUUGACAUAGAAACCCUUGAGAAAAAGUAUAGCGUUGACUAUCUCAUUACUCAUGCUUCUCGUUCACAAGGAGAGAGCAAACAAAACACCCAAGGAGAAAGUCCUAAAUCAAAGAACAUUCGAUCUGCUAGAAGAGAAGAGUUGCCCGAUUGUUGCGAUGAAAACGAGCAGCUAGAUGAAUCUCAUGAGGAAAUAAUUCAAGACCUAGAGCAUAAAGUAGAUAUGAAGAGUCCCAGAAGUACGCGGGAUGCAUCGGUUGUUAAGCUGAAAAAUUCCAUCAUGAUCCGUGAAGCUCCCGCGACAGAGAGUGACAUGCAAAAAGGCAAGAUGACAUCACUUGCAACAGAAAUACAACAAGAGUCGGAAAUCAGGAUGGAGAGUCGGAAAAGGUCACGCCUAAGGUCAGCUACGAAGGAAAGUCAUCAUGAAUCAUGUCAAGAGGAUGGGGGCCAUGCGUCUGCUCAUGUGGAGAUGCCUACAGAAAAUGAAAAAGAGAAUGCUGUUAAGUCGUGUGAGGCAAGUGGUUCGAAAAGUUUGGGACAAGAUAUUGGAAUGGAAGGUUCCAUGGGGUCGUGUCGUAGCUCUGCUGCAAGUGGGAAUCGUGGUGGACUCUGUGACAGAAAACCAAAUUUCGAUACUUCGCCGGAAACUAUACCGGAAGACACCCAGAUGGAAAGGCUGGAAAUGUCCUGUCUUUCAGCUCCUUCGAAUGGUAGUAUUUCGCGACCCAAAAGAUCUGGAUCGCCAAAAACAGGGGAGGAAAAAGGAGAGCAGAAAACACGAAGAAGAAAACAACCCUGUGAUAAAAUUGUCACAAGGGAGACGAAAAAGAGUGGAAAAGCGUCGAGCGAUCAACAAGAAACUACGAUAGCCAAUGCUAAUAACGACAGCGUUGUUAGAUGUACACGAUCACGAGUUAAGUCAGCUCCAGCUACAAUGACACAGUCGCCCAGUGAUUUAGAUGACAAAGAGAAGACCAGAAAAGCAUCUUCAUCGAAUUCUCCGAGACUAGCAGCAGAAGUAAAGCUGGGGAAGAAGAAAGUAGAUUCGAGCGUUUGCCCGCAUAGCUGUGUAGAGUCUAAGCCACAAAGAAAACUUCUCACGUCGAAAAAUGAAGUUAGCGAAACUACAGAAGAUAUCGAAGUAAGCCAAAGCACAAAGAGCUGUUUUCAUGACUCGAAAGAUUCCUCACAAGUAGAGGUGAAGUUGUCUGAUUGUAGAAAGUUGUGUGUUAACAGGAAAAGGCCUUUGCGAGAUGUACACUCAAAUUCUUCUGACACCGAGAGUAUUCAGAGUUCAAGUGGAGAAACGUCAUCGAAAGGACCUCCUGCCGAGGACGCUCUCUCGGAUGACGACGAAAAUGAUCUCUCCAGUACGCCAACACUGGAUCACUGUCCCUCUCCUGCAAGCUCGGAGAAAUCAGGCUUUUCAAAUGAAACUUCAGCGGGAAGUGGAAGGUAUAGCUUGAGAAAACACGUAGAACAAGAUAAGUGUGACUCUAAGCUUUGUAACAAGACCAAGUUAAAACACAAAAUCCCCGACAGCCCUGAGAGUUAUCGUGAGCGGAGGGAGAGAACUGUUUCCACGGACUUUACCAGUGUUAAAUCAAAAUCCAGAAGUUCAAAACAAAGAUCUCAGUCAGUACAAAGUUUCCAAACCAGGACAUCAAAGAAAAAGGCGAAAGGAGGGAAUAAGGGACAGAUAAAAAUCCAAGAGAACACGCCUUGUUGUGGAGAGGCCUUUCACGUGAAAGAAUUCUCAUCUGAGGCCGAUUUAAGGUCCACCUCUGGUAGCCCUCGAAGUGGUCCCACUCAUGACAAAUACAGCAUGGGUGUGUCUGGUAUGCUUUCAGCUGGGAGAAACUUGCAAGAGCUUGCUGUUGACGACGUCGACAAAAUAACGGAUCCUUCCUUUUCAUCAGAUACAAUUGCAUCUUUGGGAGAUGUUUCCGUAACUACCGUUCGUGGGUCACCCCCACGCAUGAAAAGCGCUGACUACUGCGCGACGAGUAAAUAUUCAGGAAUUCAACUCUUGGAAGGCAGCCCACGCAUCAAAAAAGAUUACCAUUCUGCAGCUUUUCUUGCCAAACAUGGUAAGAAACGAUCUGGUGUUACUCGGUUAUUUGAGUCAGAUGACGAGGAGGAGGAGGACUUCUAUGGCUUUGAUGUGCCGCAGUUCCUUGGGUCGUUUUCAUCUGAAGGAGAAGAUUUGAGUUAUAGGAUCAACUCUAUUGUGGAGAGUAUGAAUGAUGGUUCUGAUGAGGCCACUCUGGGAGAUACUCAGGAUAAUGACACUAUCGAGGAGGUUAAAACUAGUGACGAGGACACGGUAGUUGAGAAAAAUAUUGGAAGGGAAGAAGAAUCGAUGGUCGAAAAGAUAGAGAUAGGCAGAAAAGAGGAUGUCGAGAAGGGACAUUUUGACGGAGAUGUGGAGAUUGAACAAAAUAAAGCCGCCAGAGUGUUAAGAAAGAUAAGGCCUACAACUUCAGUCGAGAUUCACAAUAGCAACUUACUAGACUCUCGGCCAAGUACAGCAAAAACGUCCAUAGUGGACAGCAUACCCGAAGUAGAUACUGACGAUUUUGAUCAGGAUGACGAUGUUUUCAGUACAGUGGCUGGCAGCACUGACGGAGAAGACGACGAAGAUGACUUUGCAAUAACGUCGCCGUUCAACAUCUCCAGCUGGACGCGGAGGCUAAAUUCAGAUAAUUUUCAGGCAGAAGUCUCCGAGCAAGAAGAGGACUCCGUGACGUCGUCCACCAACAUUAACUGGAGACGAAAGCGUAAAUCUGACGACCUUCAGCCAGAAGUGGGGAGGCCAACGAAGCGAAGGAAAUCAGAUGUAGCGACGGAGGUAGAUUGCUCUUUCCAGUGUUCCCAAAAAGUUACCCUUGUUAAAACUGGAGCUCCUAAGAGACUUCGAUCAGUGAGAGAAAGUAAUAGCGAAAAAGGAACUUCAUUUAUGACAGAAGUUGAUGGUUCGUUCCUGAGCAAACAGGAAGGGCCAUUUUUUUUAUCCGAACCAGUUCCAAGUGGAUUCCAGGACAGCGCUAUGUACGAAACUAUUGAAGAACGGGUUAAGAUACGUCGGAUCAUGGAACUUUCACUUAAGGAAUACAAGAAUACUCAAAUUGUAAGGCAGCAGAAAGACCGCAAUAUGCAAUCAUCAGCGAAAGAAAAGGACAGACACAAAUUUCCAUCCUUAAAGCCAUUGAAGGGCCAUUCCACAGUUCGAACUUCUCCGAGAGCUCGUCCAAUCAACAGCUCACCAAUUUCCUUCCCGUCACCACUCGCCGGUCCUUUUCGAAAAAGUCGGAGAGCCACGUGGACUUCUGACGUCAAUGCGUUUGCGUCACCACCUCCUGCAGCUUCAAGCUCCAAAGGUCGACAAGUUCGGUGUUUGACUCCUGUGUCAGCGAGAACACCUUCCCAACAUACUUUGAAAGAAAAACGCAGAGAGAAAUUUCCACCCUUAAAGCCGUUGAAGAGCGUUUCCAGUAUUCGAACUUCGCCGAGAUCUCGUCCAAUCAACAGCUCGUCAAGUUCCAGCCCGUCACCACUCGCGGGCUCUUCUCGAAAGAGUCGGAGAGCCACGUGGAUUUAUGACGUCAAUGCGUUUGCGUCACCACCCCUUGCAAAAUCACACUUCAAAGGUCGAAAAGUUAAGUGUUCGACUCCUGUGUCAGCCGUAACACCUUCCAGACAUACUUUGAGGUCACGCAGAUACUACCAAGACCCCGAAGAUUCCUUACCACAGAAAUCAAGACAAAAAAGGGACGUUUUUGCUUUUGAUGAGUAACCAGAGAAUUCAGAUUGUGCGAAAAAGAGAAAUUUGUAAUUUACGAAUUUGCACAGAAGUAGGGUAUAGAGUAUGUUUUUAAAAAAGUAUAUUGUACAGAGAGACAUUUUAAAGAACAUUGUGGUGUAAAGUCGUUCUCAUGGGGAAAUUUUACUGGUUCAAGGACGAGUGUAUUCAGUAUAGUGGAAAAAAUAGCGUUCUAUUGUUAAGUCGAACGAUAAAAAGUCGUAAAUAUGAGCCAGUGUCUAAUUUUAAUUAACACAGCGUCAGAUUAGUGUCUUCAGCUACAGAUCGAAGGAACACUAAAUCGCUAGUUCAAAAAAUUCGCCUUAAGAUACUUUUACGGAACGCAAUUUUUUCUACUAGAACUGUAUGUCAGGUCCAUAUCGAACUAAAGUAUAUUUGAAUUUACAGAGACCCAUUGCCCGUUUUCGAUUUGUGGAGUUUUUCAAUCUCGCAGUUUAGCUUUGUAUGUAUUUCAUUCGUAUUGUUGACAUCUCGUAUAUUACAUCGAGUUUGAGAUUUCUUGUCUGUUUAUUGAAUUUUAUCACAAACUGUUUGUCAUGGCAAUCACAAUGUCAGAUUUUAGCCGAGUUGGUUAAUAUUGCAUAUGGGUGCUUUUUAAAGUAUUUUUAUAUUGAACAAUAAACUUUUCAGAGACA